CCUUCUGGACACUUUGGACUGAUGGGAGGAAAGCGCGCGGCAUGUCAAGCGCAGCGUCCCCGAACAGAGAUGCGCACCGGUCAGACAGAGAGGCUCUGGUGGACGACCUGCCUGAGGAUGUGCUGACGGUCCUCGUCCGCACGCUCGCCUCGCAACCACGCAGGCCCCAGGCGCUCCUCGCCCUAACCUCGACCUGCAAAGAGCUGCGCGCACUGCUUCCGCCGACUGUGCGGAUCGACGCGGCGCGCGACACGGUCGACCACACCCUGGGCGCCCGCCCUUCGCUCGGCGAGCUUCAGGCGCUGGGAAUCCUUCCGGUUGGGGCGCACACCUCGGCGCGGCUCGCGGCAGCGCAGCAGGCCCUGCAGCGGGAGAUGACGCGUGCGGCGGUGGUCUCGCGGCUGACGAGCCGGCCCGACCCGUCCGAGCUCCUCCAGCGCGGCGUGCUCAAGCACUCGUACGCCUCGGCGAUGAGCCCCUCCCUCGCGCAGGCCGCCGAGCAGCUGGAGCACGCUAUGCGGCGCGACCAGCUCACGCACAGCCUCGAGCGGCGGCCGAGCCCGGCGGAGCUGAGGGCGCACGGCAUCGUCCGCACGCCCGCGGCGCUCUCCUCGCGGCUGGCCGAGGCGGCGGACCGGCUCGAGCGGCGACGGCGGCGCGACUCGCUCAGUGCGCACCUCGAGAUUGGGCGGCUCUCGCUCGAGGAGAACUCGCCUCCGCGGGCACUGCGGCGCGCCGCGUCCUGGACGGCAGCGUCGCAGGCGUGAGUCGCGGCCAGCCAGGCCGCGGUUCGGCCCAUUCACCAUGGACGAAUCUUCGAAUCAACACUUUCUCAGUCUCUCAAUCGGCGCGCUCAAAACGAAAACCAGGACGAUGUCCCGUGUAUCUGUAAACUGUGUGCCUGUGUCUAUCUGUAUCUGCCCGCAGUCAGGGCGCUGGUGUGUAGAGACCGCGAUUGGUCCUGUGCUAUUGAGAGAGUGGCUAACAGUAUACCACGGACCACGCUCUGUAUACGGGUGUAGAG